ACGACAUAUUAGCUGCCGUUCUGUGCGCCGCGGACACCCAGUGUGCCACCGGACUGUGAUGAUCGUGUCCAACGUGAGCCUGAGCGGCUGCGCAGGGGUCAACAGUGCUCUGUGUGCCGCAGCCGGGGAAGGGCACCUGAGGGGAGGCUCAUACCGGGCCACCCUCACCCCGACAGGGAACCUGAUCGUGGCUGUGUGCCUGGGCUUCAUCGGCACUUUGGGACUAAUGAACAACUUGCUGGUGCUCGUGCUCUUCUGCCGCUACAAGAUGCUGCGGUCGCCCAUCAACCUGCUCCUGAUUAACAUUUCCAUCAGCGACCUGCUGGUGUGCGUACUGGGGACACCGUUCAGCUUCGCCGCCAGCACGCAGGGAAGGUGGCUCAUAGGAGAAGGCGGAUGCGUGUGGUACGGCUUUGCCAACUCCCUCUUUGGCAUCGUCUCCCUGAUCUCCCUGGCUGUCCUCUCCUAUGAGCGCUACAGCACCAUGGUGGCGCCUACAGAGGCGGACUCCUCCAACUACCAUAAGAUCUCCCUAGGGAUCACUUUGUCCUGGGUCUACUCCCUCGUCUGGACCGUGCCGCCUCUCUUUGGCUGGAGCCACUAUGGCCUAGAGGGUCCCGGGACCACCUGCUCUGUCGACUGGACGGCCAAGACGGCGAAUAGCAUAUCUUACAUCAUCUGCCUGUUUGUCUUCUGCCUCAUUGUGCCAUUCAUGGUGAUCGUGUUCUGCUACGGGAAGCUUCUGUGUGCCAUCAGACAGGUGAGCGGGAUCAAUCCAUCCAUGAGCAGGAAACGUGAGCAGCGCGUGCUAUUCAUGGUGGUGAUCAUGGUGAUCUGCUACCUCUUGUGCUGGCUGCCGUACGGCAUCAUGGCCCUGAUGGCCACCUUCGGGCCGCCGGGACUGGUGACGCCUGUGGCGAGCAUCAUCCCCUCAGUCCUGGCAAAGACGAGCACGGUCAUCAACCCAGUCAUCUAUGUGUUUAUGAAUAAACAGUUUUACAGAUGUUUCAAAGCCCUACUGCGUUGUCAGGCUCCUCGACGAGGCUCCAGCUUAAAGAGCUCCUCCAAGGUUGCCACCAAGACCAUGAGGGGUCUCGCAGUUACUGGUCCCCGCCGCACCAAUGACUUCCUAUACAUGGCAGCCUUCCUGGGUCAACCGGUCGCCACCAUUCCCCAACUGGGCCCCUCAGUGGAACCAACCAUAGAUGUCACCAGAGGCCCCUCUUCAGACAUCAACAAACCUGUCAUAUCACUAGUGGCCCACUUUGAUGGCUGAUGAUUGGCUAUGACCAUGAAAUCCCAAAGUCCCCAGCAAGGAAGUCAUUAUUUAUGAGAGUGGUGGUGUAACUGAGGCUUGGAGAGCAGCAGCCUGAAAGUCUUGGUGGAUUUAAAGCAUCAGCUUUACCCUGGCUAGUAGACAUGAUGGACCGGUGGCAAAUCUUGGACUGCCUCUGAAUAAUAUAAACCCGCAGAAGCUGGGAGUCUGCGUUUCCCUGCAAAGAAAAUGCAUGAAUCUCUCCUGCUAGGAACAGGCAUUUAAAUGUUCUUAUCACGGGUUUUGGAGAAAGCACAGUCAGACUGUUAUUGUAAUAUAAGAGGAAUUGUAGGGCUUAUUUAUGUUGUGCAAUAUGUGAUGUUCAGUAAAGCAUUCACUCUGGCAUAACAGAGAUGUGUCUGAGUGCAGGAAGAGGGAUAAGAUGUAUUUUUGUAUUGAUUGCUUACUGAAUGUGGUUACGAAGUGAGGUUGAAGACCACAAGAUGUUUAUUACCCUCAGCAUUUUGAAGUCUUUUCUAGAGUGGACAAGAUUAAAAAGAUGUAAGAGACUAGAGUAAUGGGAACGUACUGAUAAUGAUUUUUACGGAUCAGUCUUUUUAGCUUUUAUUCCCCGCCAGUAAUUGUAUUAAUUUAAUUCAUCACUUCGUCACUUUGAAAUGCAUAAGUAGUGUUCAAUUGAGUGGUUCGUCAGAAGUAGCAUUGCUAGCAUGCUAGCUCCAUUAAAGUUGUGUCAGGAAUAGUGACUUAGGAAUAGUGAAAUAGGUAAACGUUCCUUCAAUAACUUUUGUGCAUGUGCACUGUUGCAGUAUCACAUGCAAAUGAGGUUGGAGAAAAUACCGUAUCUGGUAAUUUUCAGUCCAUACUAAUGAUACAGAUACUUGGUAUCUGCAAAAAUCCUGAAAAUGUAUGCCUCUCUGGAAUGUUUUUUCAGACAGACUUUUCCACGUGUACUUAAAGCUGUGUAAUCUGUUUUUUUUUUAAAACUGUGCUGGAUUUUAUUAAACCCAAAGCACAGGGCGUACUAUGUGUUAAAAAAAACUGAUGUCAAAGCCCUUUUAAUGUGCAAGUGAUCAUCAAACAUCCUUUACAAUGAUUAGCAGUUCAGUGCCUUGCUUAUAGGCACAUAGUAGUCAGCAGUUUACGCAGACAGGCAUCAGCUACAGUAUUUAAACUAUUUGCUUCCACAAAAGUCAGCAUACUGUGUUCAACAGUCUUUUAACAACUGGUAUUAUCAAAGGAAAUCCUGACAAGAAACGGAAACUUUCCAGCGUCUCACGGGACAUCACGAAAAGACUUUAUUCAACGGAACAAAUAUCUUUUUGAUGGAAUAUGUUUAUUCUGUAUAUAUUGAUUGCCAUGUGCUUGUCUGCAUUUUGUUACAUGUUUUGAUAACUGAUGACACUCUUUCUUGCAAUACAAAGAUAACUGCGGAGUUUCUAAAAGCAGUGCAUCGAUGCUGUGUCCAGUCAAUGUCUAAGCUAUAAGUGGUGUGGUAAUACUGCAUAUUGAUUUUUUUGUAAUUCAUUUUUAGCCACUGUUUUCUAUGUGCUGUCAAGAUCUUGUUGUGAUGUACAUGAGUUGAUACCAAAGCAAAAUUUAUUUGAAUAUUUUUUAAGUUCAA